GGACCCAAAAAGUUGGCCGGUAACUGCGUUUUAUUUUUGCUAAUGAAUGAUCUCUGUUGCCUUUCAAAAAAUAAAAAAAAAAUAGAAAUAUAUAUAUAUAUAUAUAUAUAUAUACACCAAUAGAAUAAUGAAAACCUAUAAUCAAACUUGUAUUUCUGGUUGUGGUCUUGUUUACUAAAACCAUAUAUAUAGAGAGAGACUUGACGUACCCAAACACUUGAAACAAAACCAUAUGGCUUCAUCAAAUUUUGUUGCAGAGCAUAGUUUUAGCGUUGAGGGGAAGAGUUGGGUUCUUAAUUCACCAGAUCCUCCAGGCUUUCUCCAAAAAAUCUUACACUCCAUAAAAAAGAAUGUCGCGUCCGAUUCUCAGAAGAAACAUUCACCUUCUGCUCGUGUGCUUGCACUUCUCACCACCAUAUUUCCUGUGCUUACUUGGGGUCGAAACUAUAAACCUUCAAAGUUUAAGAACGACUUGAUUGCCGGAUUAACUCUUGCUAGUCUCAGCAUUCCCCAGAGUAUCGGCUAUGCUGGUUUAGCUAAUCUUGAUCCUCAAUAUGGCCUAUAUGGGAGUGUUGUCCCUCCUUUGAUAUAUUCUGUGAUGGGGACUUCACAAGAACUAGCCAUCGGUCCAGUAGCUGUGGUGUCGCUGCUCAUAUCGUCAAUGAUCUCAAAACUAGUUGAUCCUGCUGCUGAUCCUGUUUCCUACAGAAAACUUGUUUUCACUGCCACAUUCUUCGCCGGCACCUUCCAAGCUCUUUUUGGAAUUCUUAGGUUAGGUUUUCUUAUCGAUUUCCUAUCGCAUGCGGCCAUUGUAGGAUUUAUGGCGGGUGCGGCCAUUGUUAUAGGUCUUCAACAACUCAAGAGCUUACUCGGGAUCAGUCAUUUUACUACAAAAACUGAUGUCGUCUCAGUGUUGGAAGCUGUUGUUAAUUCACUUCGCACUUCAUGGUAUCCUUUGAAUUUUGUUCUUGGAUGUUCGUUCCUUAUAUUCAUCCUCAUUACCAGAUUUAUCGGAAAAAAGAAGAAGAAACUAUUCUGGUUGCCAGCCAUUUCUCCGGUUAUAUCAGUCAUUAUAUCCACCUUGAUAGUAUAUCUAACAAGAGCUGAUGAACAUGGGGUUAAAAUCAUUAAACAUUUCAAAGGAGGACUCAAUCCAAGUUCACUAAAUCAGUUGGAGUUCAAUAGUCCACACCUUGGCGAAGUAGCCAAAAUCGGCUUCAUUUGUGCCACUAUUGCUUUAACGGAAGCUGUUGCUGUUGGUCGAUCUUUUGCUUCGAUCAAAGGGUACAACCUAGACGGGAACAAAGAAAUGUUAGCCAUGGGCUUCAUGAACAUUGCAGGAUCUAUGUCUUCUUGCUAUGUUACCACUGGAUCGUUUUCGCGAACUGCUGUAAAUGUUAGUGCAGGGUGUGAAUCUGCAGUAUCAAAUAUUGUAAUGGCAAUAACUGUGUUCAUAUCAUUGCAAGUGAUGACCAAGCUAUUGUACUACACACCUCUUGCCAUACUUGCAUCCAUCAUCCUGUCUGCACUCCCUGGAUUAAUCGAUUAUAACGAAGCUUACCAUAUUUGGAAAGUUGACAAAGUGGACUUUCUUGCAUGCGCUGGGGCUUUCUUUGGUGUGCUCUUUGCAUCUGUCGAGAUUGGUCUUUUGGUUGCUGUAGGUAUUUCAUUUGGAAAAUUAAUCCUUAAUUCUAUUAGAUCGGACGUAGAAGAAUUAGGAAGGCUUCCGGGAUCAGACAUUUUCUGUGACAAAGCACAAUAUCCUGGGGUGCUUGAUGUGUCAGGUGUUCGCGUAAUUCGCCUUAACUCUGGCUCAUUUUGUUUUGCCAAUGCAAAUCCGAUUAAAGAAAGGAUAACUAGUUAUCUGACAGAAAAGGAUCAAGCGACUAUUGGAAUCAUCCUAGACAUGUCAAAUGUCAUGAGCAUUGACUCUUCAGGAAUUGUUGCGCUGGAAGAAAUUCACAAGAAAUUGGUUUCAAGAAACGUACAUCUAGCUAUUGCCAAUCCAAGAUGGAAAGUGAUUCACAAGCUAAAAAUAGGUGGGUUCGUUGAAAAAGUUGGAAGCGAUUGUAUCUUUCUUACAGUUAAUGAAGCAGUUGAUGUUUGUCUCUCUUCCAAGUCUGCCACUUGUUGAUAUAUAUAUGUUGGCUAAAAUCAAAACCGUGUUUCUAAGGACCUAGCUUACAGGCCAAUCUCAUGAUUUGUUUUAUACAUCAGUGUGUGGUUUAGGUGUUAAUGUCACAAAGACAUGAAGCGUGUAUUUUGAAGUCGGUAAUCAAGAUCAUCCGCAAUCCGGUUACGGGCAGGUAGUUUGUUUAUAUUUAUUUAGUAUAUGGGUUGUACAUAUUACUGUUUAUUGUUUAUGUAUUUGGAUUUGGGCCUGAGGCCAUGUUAUGUAUUGGGUCAAACUCUAGAAGUCCACUAGGUUAAAAUAUUGGGUCAUUAAGGUUUGGGCUGUGUAUAUGAUGGAACGGUGUGAGUUUGCAUAUUGUAACACCCUGCAUUUCGAAACUUUUAUCUUUUAGCAAGUCUCGCCCCUGUAAUAUAUAGUGAUGCUUAUUUGAGUCUUAA